UAAGUUAACAUGACGUCAUCAGUAAUCUGCGGCCAUGUUGGACUUCACGGUGUCAAUCUAUUCAAACCAGAAUGUAUUUCUGAUUGCUGUGGGCAUCAGCAUAGCCUACAUGGUCAUCAGGUGGCUAGUCAGUGGCCUCUCCGUUGGACACAUCGAGGACAAAUAUGUCUUCAUCACCGGUUGCGACUCUGGUUUCGGCAACCUGCUGGUCAAACGCCUGGACGCCUGGGGCUUUCACGUGCUUGCCGCGUGUCACACAGUCAAAGGAGCAAAUCAUCUUCAACAGGAGUCGUCUCCCAAUGUGAAGGUUUUCUCACCACUCGAACUGGCCGACGAGGAGAGUGUGAAAAAGGCCUACCAGUUUGUACUGGAACACCUGCCCGAUAACAAAGGUCUUUGGGCCGUUGUAAAUAAUGGUGGCUGUCAGGCCUCGGGGGUCGGGCCGCUGGAGUGGCACCAGCGAGCCGUGUACGAGCGCGUGUUCGCCGUCAACGUGUACGGCAUGCUAGACGUCACGCGGAUGCUGUUGCCCCUCGUACGUAAAGGUCAAGGUCGUAUCGUCAACAUGUCCAGCCUGGCAGCUCGAUUCGGAACAUUUGGUGUGGGACCUUACGCCAUGACGAAGUACGCAGUUGAAGGCUUUACAGAUUGUCUCAGGGUGGAGCUAUUAAAGCAGGGUGUAAGUGUCCAUGUCAUCGAACCGGGAGGUUUUCGGACAGCAUUUGCAGAUGAAGAUAACUUUCGUAGAUUGGCUCAAGAAUCAUUUGAAAAUACUUCACCAGAUCUUAAACGAUUUUACGGCGGGAAUUACGUCGAAAAAUUUUGUGACAGCAUAGCCCAGUUGAGACCUGUGGUCAGCGAUGACCUUGACCUUGUAGUAGACUGCUACGUGCACGCCGUGACAUCCCGCUUCCCCUUAGACCGGUACACCCCAGGGAACUGGCUAGCGGUUAGUUCUCUGGUGCUGUGCUGGCUGCCCAGGUGGAUAGGCGACACGGUUAUCAACAGCACUGUCGUACAUCCAGCGGGGCUGAUCCGUUGAACAUGUAUCCCUUUCCUGUUCUCAUCAAAUUCUGAAUACAAUUAAAAUGGGGAAGUGAACUCUGAUGAUGAUAUGCUAGGCUCAGACCAUCAGCUGUUACGACGAAGUUGGUCAACUUGACGGUGGUGUUGUAAUUUCCCCAACUCCCGACUUAGACGUGUGCGCUCAGAUUAACAACUAAUGGGGUAUACGACGAAAAUCGAGUUGUAAGAGUGCUUAGACUUGCAAAUGUACAGUCGUAGAAGUCGUGACAGCAGAAAGUUGGCCAACUUUGUACUGGCAGUUGGUAGUCUGAAUCUAUCAUAAGGGUUAUAAAAGAGAUGGUAAUAGAAGUAGUCCAGCAGCAGAGACAAUUCAGAAUUCUUGGUAAUAAUGUUUGGGAUUUUUUAUUUUUUAUUUUUAAUGCUGUUUAUCUUUGGGGAUACAUCACAAUAUCCAGAUAGGUGUAGAAUUGUCACCUUUGAGCAAUUUAAAAUAUUCAAUAUGGCCACCAAGGCGUCUGAAAAGUCAACAAAAUGCUAUAUAUCUGUAACCAGAUAUGAUAAAAACACGUGUAUGUUUUAAAAGGCAAGGAUUUCAAUGAAAUAAUUAUUUGAAGCAAGUAGUAGAAAUCAUUAAUAUAAUAUUCAGUAUUGCCACCAAGGGAUGUGAAAAUCGACAAAGGGCUGUGUACCUGUAACCAGAUAUGAAAGAAGCAUGAAUUAUAACUGCUGAAAAGCGAUCUGUGACACAAGUGUUUGGAGUACUAUUACUGAUCGGUGUUUUUUCAACCAUUCAGAACAUAGAAUUUUGAAUUUGUGUUGAAAGGGGUGUGUUCAAAUGUUUUGCAGAGAUUAUAUCAGUAUUGUAUUAUAUUGAUCAGUAUGAUAUUAAAUAGAAAACAGAU